UUGUGUUUACAAGUGCUCCUAGUAUGCGUACCGCGUGCAAGUGCAGCGAGUUAAUGGGUGGAAAUAUUUCAUUUGCGAUUAUAAUUCCUGCAAAAUAAAGCCAUAUUGAUCCCAUUUGAAUAAUUAAAGGCGAGUUACGGUCUUUGUUUCGGCAGGUAACGUACGAAGUGGAGAAACACUGUUUUGUGAAAGCGGUGCAGUGGAUGACCAUGAAGCAGGAUAAUGAUGCUGCAGACGUCCCUAAAUGCUUCAUAUCAGAUCAUGAAGGUUUUCAGGGGAGCAUCAAAAACUUAAUCAAAGACUUUGUGGUGACUGAGAUCGACAUUAACGGACUGUAUGUAAACACAGAAGCACCUUCAGAGAGAGCAGCCUGUGCCUGCUCUGAUAAAUACAAUGAAACCAGUCCAGAAACCAGUGACUACAAACAUCAGUCACUCUCACAGGACGGUGGUGAUGCAGCUGACUGUAGUGCAGAUGCCAGUAUUCCCAGCCCAUGCAGCUUUGAUUUAAGUGUGAUUUUGGGUCAAGCGGUAAGUGAAGAACUGGAGCAGUUUGUGCUGACACUCAAAAAUGAAAAUACAGCCAAACAGGAUUUUUCCCUAGGCUCUUUCUCUGACAAACACCACAGAGCCAACGUCCACCGUGCCGUCAGACACCGCUUCCCUUUCCUCAUGACCGUCACCAUCCAGCCUGAGAUCAGGGUGAGGGAGGACCCAGACUACAGGGAGCUCUCCCAGCUAGUGACUGAAGAUGAAGCAGAGGACUUCUUUAGGUUCAUAGACGCCAAGGUGAGGGGCUCGUCAUAUACCUUUGGACCUGAUGACAAUAAGGAGCACAGGACGGCCGUACACCACUUCCUGAGCAGAAGGUUUGGGAAACUGGUGGAGACGAAAAGCUUCAACGACCACGGGACGACAGCGAUCACAGUCAGGCUGAGAGAACAGGGGAGGCCGAAGAAGAGGACAAAUGAGGAGCGAAAAGAAGAGGAGAUUUACACUGCAUUCACUCUGUGUAAGGAGAACUUGGAGACUCUUGAGGCCAUCAGCUACAUGGCUGCAGCUCUCGGCGUCCUGCCGUCAGAUUUCACCUAUGCUGGAAUUAAAGACAAGAGAGCGGUCACGUACCAGUCCAUGGUGGUCAAGAAGGUCUCGCCUCAACGGUUGAAAGAGAGGUCUGCAGAGUUUGAGAGGAGAGGCAUGCGCCUGUCUCAGAUCACAUCCGUCAGCGAGCCUCUCAGACUCGGGCGGCUGCAGGGGAAUCAUUUUGACCUGGUGGUCCGAGACCUCAAACCACAUGAGCACAGUGACAUGCACUCCUCUGGUGUAAACACUCAAACUCGCCUGACAGAGCUUGUAAAAGAAGCAGUGGAGAAUGUCAAGGUUAGAGGUUUUGUCAACUACUAUGGUCCACAGAGGUUUGGGACGGUGCAGAGCGUUCAGUCUGACCGGGUCGGGCUGGCUUUACUCAAAGACGAUAUGGUCGGCGCUGUGCGUCUCUUCUUCACUCCAGAGGAGGAGGGAGAUGAUCCUCAGAGUCACGCCAAGAGACACUUCCUACAAACAGAUAACGCUAAGGAGUGUCUGUCCUUGAUGCCCUUGUCGAAGGCCAGGGAGCGACUCAUGCUCCGCGCCUUAAACCGUUACGGUACAGGUCCAGACGGUUGUGCCCAGGCCUGGCUCAGUCUGCCACACAGCACAAGAGUCUUCUACCCACAUGCGUACUGCAGCAGAGUGUGGAACGAGGCGGUGGCACACAGACUGACCACUCUGGGUCACAGAGUCAGGAGAGGAGAUCUGGUCUGGGAGCAAGAAGAACGAAAAAAGCCAGAGGACACAGGAGAAACCAGUUCACCUCAGAUCCAUGUUGUGACACAUCAAGAAGAGCAGGAUGGAGUGUACACACUAGGACAAGUGCUCCUUCCAAUGCCAGGUAACACCAUCAAGUAUCCAGAAAACUCCAUGGGGACCUGGUACCAGGAGAGACUGGCCAGAGACGGACUCACUGACUGUCGCUUCAGAGUCAGCGGUCUCAAGCUAAACCUGCCUGGAUGCUACCGCCCCCUGCUGGCGACUCCACGCAACCUCCGCUACCAGUUAAAUGGACCAGACUGCAAAGAGGAAGGAGAAGCUUCAGGCAGCAGUAGGAGGGAUGGGGAGCUGAAUGGCGCCAUAGUUGAAAGAAAUGAGGAAUCACUCACACUGACCUUAAAAUUUGACCUGGACUCGUCAUGUUAUGCAACUAUCUGCCUCAGAGAGAUCAUGAAGUGUGAUCCCUAAAGGUCAGCGGACAUUUCACUGAAUUAUUUUGUGUGGAAAAGACUCCUUUUGUAAUCUAUGUCCAUGAUGUAUUACCAGUAGGUCUGUUUUUUUUAAGUAUGAUAAAUAAGGAUAAUUUACAAGUAAUAAAUGUGAAAAAAAUCUGAUUGUAAAACAGUCUAAAUAACAUUUUUGUUAUGAUUGAUUAAAAUGA